CUUUUACGCUGUAGAUUCAUACGCCCAUAUUUCAGGGAGGAGAGGGAGAGAGAGAGGGUGGGAAAGUUCUCUCUCUAUUGCGUUUCCCACCCGCUUGGCUCUCCUUUAUUCUCCAUUUUUGGCCGUCGCCCCACCGGUUCCUCCUCGCUGUCUCCGAAGCCAAUUGGAUUCCCGCCCGGAAAAGUUUUUCCAGCGACGCCCCGCCGCUCGUUCAUCACCGCUGCCCGUCGAUUAGAGUGGUGCAAUCGAGUCGGACGAAAUGGUGCAUCCGAUGGUGGAUAGGGCGACAAGCGAUAUGCUGAUCGGUGCGGAUUGGGCCAUGAACAUUGAAAUCUGCGAUAUGCUUAAUCACGACCCUGGGCAAACUAAAGAUGUGAUAAAGGGAGUUAAGAGACGUCUUGGACACAAGAACCCCAAAAUCCAGCAUCUUGCUCUUACACUGCUGGAGACAUUGAUAAAGAAUUGUGGUGAUAUUGUCCACAUGCACGUUGCUGAAAGAGAUAUCCUGCAUGAAAUGGUGAAGAUUGUUAAAAAGAAGCCUGACAUGCAUGUUAGAGAAAAGAUAUUGACGCUUAUUGACACCUGGCAAGAAGCCUUUGGUGGGCCAAGGGCAAGAUAUCCUCAAUACUAUGCUGCAUACCAGGAGUUGUUGCGUUCAGGUGCUGUGUUUCCCCAGAGGUCUGAGAGAGCUGCCCCCAUAUUCACUCCUCCUCAAACACAGCCUCUGUCACAUUAUCCUCCUCAAUCCUUAAAUAAUGCAGAUUACCAGCAAGAAGCUCCUGCCCCAUCAGUACCUUCAGACUUUCCUAGUUUGAGCCUGACUGAAAUUCAGAAUGCGCGUGGAAUCAUGGAUGUUCUUGCUGAGAUGCUGAAUGCUUUGGAGCCAGGCAACAAGGAGGGUCUCAGACAAGAUGUAAUUGUAGACCUUGUAGAACAAUGCCGUUCUUAUAGGCAGCAAGUUGUUCAGCUUGCGAACACUACUUCAGAUGAGGAACUACUCCGUCAAGGCUUAGCUCUGAAUGAUGACUUGCAAAGACUGCUUUCUAAACAUGAUGCAAUUGCUUCAGGAAUGGUCAUUCGCCCUGAGCAGAAAAAGCCUCCGCCUGCCCUUUUAGAUAUUGGUGAUGGUUCAGAUGCUGCACAGACUAGUUCAAAGGAUGUGGAACAGGGGUCCACAUCAGGAAGCAUUAUAAAUCAACCUCCUCUGCAGCAACUGCUGCUUCCUGCACCACCAGGAGCUGCUGCAGCUCCUGCCACCAGAGCGGACCCCAACCUGGACCUUCUUAGUGGUGAAGAUUUCCAGUCACCAGCCAGCAAAGAUGUGUUAGCUCUAGUUUCUGUUGGUCAAUCAACUGCCAGUGCCCCCCAGCUGCAACCGCCGCAGCAGCAGGACAUGCUAGCCCUUUCAGAUCCAUUCUCUCAUAAUUCAGCUAUUGAUUCUCUUGGCUCUCAAAUGACUCUACCAACAUCACAGGCAGCCACACAGUUUCAGAGUCUGCAACAAGCAACAAUACAGGAGCAGCAACAAGCACAGUCCAUAUUAUACUCAAAUGGAAGCGUUCCGAACAUAGGAGAACUUCAACAGCAGCAACAGAUGCAGCCUGCAUCAUAUACAAAUGGAACCAUCCCCAUGACAGGGGCACCUCAACAGUUUCAGCACCAGAUGCAGCCCACGUUAUAUCCAAAUGGCAUUAUCCCAACCAUGGGGGCACCUCAACAGUUGCAGCAGCAGAUGCAGCCCACACUUUAUUCAAAUGGGACCAUUUCUUCAAUGGGAGCACCUCUUCAACAACAGCAACAGAUGCAGCCUGGAUUUUUUCCAAAUGGAAGCAUGCCGAGCAUGGGUCCUCCACAGUUUGAACAAGCAGCUUACCUGCAGGGUGUGCAUAUGAAUCAGAGCCAUCCUGCCUGGGGUGGGCAGGUUGCGCCAAUCAUGAAUACACAACAGCAAACUUUUGUUUAUGGCUCUCAGAGUGUGGGACCACUUCCACCAGCACCCUGGGAUAUGCAAUCAAUGCAAAGUCCUCAACCCUUGGCCUUUGCUUAUGGUCAGCAGGCAGAGGUGCAAUUUGGUGAUCAGAGGCAGGCCACAUACUCCAUGGCAACACCUGAUGACAUAUCUCGAAGGACACAAGGGCUUUCCCUUCAAGAUGACAGAUACACGAGCUCUUUUCAAGGUUCUUCUGCAGCUUAUUUGCAGCCGAAGAAGCCAGCUAAGGCUGAAGAUAAACUUUUUGGUGAUCUAGUAAGCAUUGCAAAGACAAAAUCUAAACCCUCGAGUACCCCGGCAACAUAGGAUUCUUGUGAUGGAUUUGCGUGAUAGAGCUUUUAUUCCUUGCUCUAAUAAUUUCUUUCAGCUCCCACUUGAAUGUUGAUUUGCUUAUUGAAGUUAUGUACAUUCUUUUUUCACAUAUGUUAUUGUAAUCACAAUCCCCUGUAAAAUAAGAGCUUCAUGCUUCUUUUGCUUCUGCUGUUCAA